GCGGGCGGGUCUCCCAUCCCCCCAGUUCUUGACGCUCGCACGUUCGGUUCUGUCUUCUAUGGGUGCGCAUCAUGUAGCCCAGGCUAGCCUCAAACUCACGCUCCUCCGUCGUCAGGGUCUGGGGUGUGGGGAAGACACGUGCACACCGCCACACCCGUCUCAGGAGGGGAGGCAGGGUCUCCCCUCGCCCACACUGGCCCUGAGCCCCCUGUGUAGGCGAGGCUGGCCGACCCCGAGUUUCUGAUCCCGCUGCCCUCCAGAGUGCGGAGUUGGCAGGUGGAGGGGGCACCAUGCCUGGUCUGUGUGCUGCGGGACCCAGAGGCUCGGCCUGUGCCCACCACGUAGCACCCAUCCAGCCGAGCCCUGGCCUUCCUGGAAGGGUUGCCACCCACCGCUCCAGUCAGACGGCCUGGGACGGGGUGCUCCCGCUGAGCAUCGCUGAGCUUCCCUUGUCGCUGCUCAAGACAGCACAGAAUCACCCCAUGCUGGUGGAGCUGAAGAAUGGGGAGACGUACAACGGGCACCUGGUGAGCUGUGACAACUGGAUGAACAUCAACCUUCGAGAGGUGAUCUGUACAUCCAGGGACGGCGACAAGUUCUGGCGAAUGCCCGAGUGCUACAUCCGGGGCAGCACCAUCAAGUACCUGCGCAUCCCUGAUGAGAUCAUCGACAUGGUGCGGGAAGAGGCUGCCAAGGGCCGUGGGCGAGGGGGACCACAGCAGCAAAAGCAGCAGAAAGGCAGAGGCAUGGGCGGCGCUGGCCGAGGUGUGUUUGGUGGCCGGGGCCGGGGUGGCAUCCCAGGUGCGGGCCGAGGUCAGCCCGAGAAGAAGCCAGGACGGCAAGCAGGCAAGCAGUGAGGGGCAUGGCCUGAGCCCUGGAUGGUGGGCUAGCCUCCGCCGCCUUCUCCUGACUCCCACGGACUCGGUUUCAUGUUGGAGCUGCAGGCUCAGCACACGUUGGGUUGGCCUGUCCCUCCCCAGCCUACCCCGUCCCUCUUGUGUUACGAAAAUAAAGGAAGUGUCACUGACA